GACAGACAUAGGCUAUGAAAAGCUUCAUUUACCAUUUGGUCUCAGUUUAAUGAGGACGCAGAAACUGAUUCAGGUCUCAUCUGUCAAAAGAUCUGCAGGACAAAACAUCAACGCACUAAAGGUGUUUUUCACGUGUAAUUCUGCAGCAUUAAAAGCAGAUAGAAACGAGCAGAAACCAGCUGCUAUCUACCAUAUCUGUGAAGGACUUAAGACAGCGAAGGACUUUUUCUUGAGGGAUCGUGCACCAUUUCAAGCCGUUUGCAAACUGGAAAAUGGAUGAUUUCCAUAUGAACACCACCUUAAGAGACAAAAGCUACAACUACAGCAACGUCAGUCUCAACAACAGUAGCAUCAAAUCCACCGCCGAACAGAUCCUAAAUGUGGUGGACUGGAUUGUCAUCUGUUCUGGACUUCCUUUGACUCUAGUGGCCAUCGCUGCAGUUUAUUCUCUGGUACGAAAAGACCACGUUGCUCCAGUUUACAUCAUCAACCUUCUGGUUUCUGAUCUCGUUCAGCUCUGCUGUCAGGCUGCAUGGAAGGCUGGAAAGGAUGAUUUCUUCAUUUUCUGCUCCUACAUUUUUGGUCUGUCAGCCAGUGUUGGAUUCAUGGUGUGCGUCUCUCUGGAAAGGUAUUUGAUGAUCACUCAGCCGCUGUGGUACAGAUUCAGACGAAACAUCAAAAACUCGGUGGCUGUUUGUGUCGUGGUCUGGAUCCUUUCUUUCAUUAUUUCCUUCCUAUUCCGUUUCUAUAUUCAUAAUCACAUAAGAGAUCCCAUAUGUGCAAUCUACCUCCUCCUCCCCUUCCCCCUGUUCAUCUUCUGCCUGGUUGGGACCAUUAAAGCCCUGUCUGCAGCUCGCAGUGUCCCUGCUGAUGAAAAACGAAGAAUUGUGGCCAUUCUGGUUGUGGUGCUGCUGAUUUACACACUGCUGUUCGUGCCCAAAAUCGUUUUGCUGUUGGCAGAAGAAGCCAUAAAUAACCAAACUUUCAAAAUCAUAUGUUUCAUGUUAGUUAGGAUCAGUCCUCUCACAGACUUGAUUCUGUAUAUUUUCAUCAGGAAAGGGACCACAGACAAGCUUUUGGCCUUACUGUGUUGUUGUAAAAUCAACCAAUCAGCAGACGAGCAACAGGAGUAAUGACAUGUCAGCUUCAUGUAGUCAGACUAUAUAGAUUUUAAUUUCAGACUGUUAACAGACGUUAUGCUGCAGGUGUAAUAGAGUUAAAGUCUGACAUCAUGUUUUGCAGGAUGUUUUUAUGAAAAUGUUCUUUAUAUAAAAUCUGCUUCUUUUGUUAAGGAAUUACAAUCAUUACCUGAAGCGUUACGACGGAGCUUCGGCAGAUUUUCUCACUUGGUCCCGUAACGAAGGUUAAUUCGUUUGCAUCGUGUCUCUUCUUUCACCGUCUCGUUUUCUUCUCCUUGCUCCCUCUGAUAAUGUCUUCUCCCGUUUCUUGCACAUUCAAAACAGCCGGUGUGUUGAUAUCCAGUUGCUGGCAUGUGACGUGGUACUAUAAAGUAAAACCAGAUUCCACGUGAUGCCCCGGGCUGGGGGGGUGGAGGGAAGAACGUUGUGAAGUGUGAAGUGUUGCAUCAAAAUGAAGCAGAACUGCAGAGUUUUAAUGUGGAAAGUUAUGUAAUGUUUCUUAAAGACCAAUUCCUCUUUUUUCUUGUCUUUCCUUUGAGCUGAAGAAAUGUAUUUCCUCAGCACAUUUUUCUUUUGUUUAAUUUUUUUUUAGAUCAGAUCAGAUUAAAAUGUAUUGAUCCCUUUGGGCAGGAUUUCUUAGGAUCCAGCAGCAGUGCAGCACCAUAAGAGUUAAAGAAAAACAUGAUACAGCAAAAAUCUACCCAAAGAAUAAACUUUAAAAUUCACCCAGGAGAAACUCUUGUACUCAAGUAGUCAUGGAUAAGUGCAGCCAGUCCAGUUUUCCACUACUAUUAACUACUUAGUCUGUAAUAAUGUUAACUGUUCCUCCUUAUUGUCGGCUGUUCCUCUGUGUGGAGUUCUACAGGGUGAUGGCAUGAGGAGAGAAAGAGUUUCUUAGUCUUCUUGUUCUGGUCCUGGGGAGUAACAGUCUGUUACUGAACAGGCUUCUCUGUGCACCGAUGACCUCGUGCAAAGGCUGACUGGCAUCCAUGAUGGCCAUGAAUGAUUUAUAUCCAGAGUCCAGCUUCAUACUAACCACAGAACCAACCCGCCUGACCAGCUUAUCCAGCCAGCAGGACUCUUUUUUUAAGUAUUUAGAUUUGUUGGUAUUGCUUCAGGAACUCUGAUCCAAACUGUCUAGUUUUACUCCUUUAGUGCAUUUCAACAAACAGCAGAAGUCAGAGUAUCACUAAGAAGUUUAAAAUGCAAUGCUCUGAAUGUAGUUUAACAAGUCUGAAAAGUUUGCUGCGUUCAUUGUAAUAAUUUAGCAUGAAUGAGCUUUCUAGUUGCCUCCAGAGCAGUUCUGGUUGUGUUGCAGCUUCUGUGGUAUUGGUUGGACUCUCACACCUUCCCUUGUGCUGAAGGAGCUAAAUUCUGUACCAGAGGUCACUAACAAGUGGACUGUGGUCCGGAUCUGGAACCAGAAACUGUCCCACAUGGACCCAGACCUAGAACAUAAAAUCUGACCGGGUGCUUUUAUUUUAACUGGUGCAACAUUUUUGUGGUCUUCGGGGUAGUGGUCAGGAAACACGCAGACCAAGUGCAUGUGAGUAAAUCCAUCCCACGUGAUACACUCAGCCAAACAGGUCUGUGAGGCUCCCUGCGGUUAACAUUGCAGCACUACAGCGCAGACAGACCAGAGUUUAAGAGACAAGUAACAUUAACAUUACAUCAUCAUUAACUACCCCUUUUUAAAGCUCCUUAGAAAAGCAGAUGUAGAUGAUGAGAAACCACUGGGCAGAGGGCCAGCUGCUACCAGGACAUGGGACACUCUUCAAUACAAGCACAUUUCCCCUGUUUUAGCCUCUUUUCUCUGGCUGCAGGUUCCUUUUAGAGCUUUUUCAUUUUCUUCCUUUCUGCCUUGCUCCAUCCUGCCUUUCUGAGCUUCUGCAGCCUUAUUCACCUACUGGCUCCCUCAGCUCAGAGACGAUGGCACUUUCUCUGUUGCAGCACCUAAACUGUGGAAUAAUCUCCCUCCACAUCAGGCCUCUACGUUGUCAGAUUUUACAUCGCUCCGUAAAACCCAUCUUUUCCAUCUGGCUUUUAACACCAUUAAGAUGUUGAUCUGAUUUAUUUAUUAUUGUUUUAGUAGUUUUAAUUGUUUUUAUGUUGUUUUAUUUUGUGAUAUUUUAAUUUGUUUUAUCUUUGUACUUAUUUCAUAUGUUUGCUCUUAUAACUGUUAUUUGUGUCUUUUAGUUUAAAUUUUCUGUACAGCACUUUGCUCCGCUGUGCUUGUUUUUAAAGUGCUUUAUAAAUAAAGCUGGACUGAAUUU